AUGAAUGCUGCGGCUGUAGCGGUCAUGAAGGAACUGCCCGACCUUGUCCUUGCAUUUGGCAACAGCGACGAAUACAGGACUGCGCCUUAUUCGAACGACGAGCCAGGUCAUAUCAACAAUCUCUACAACACCACUUUCUGGACCCUUGUUCAGCAGGGUGGCAUGGGAGCGCGAGAAGCAGAGCAAAGACUCAAAGGCACAGUGUCAUCCGACAAGAACGAGAUCUUGUUCAAGGAGUUCGGAAUCAACUACAACAACGAACCAGAGUGCUUCAAGAAAGGCACGGUGCUGUACAGAGAUCCCCCGUCUAUACCACUGCGAAUAUCCAGCAUUCCUGCCAACAGCAAGCCGCGGAAACUGUCUUUACCGGUCCAUCGAUCAACGUCAACACUCAAAGCUACGAGAGAUACUUUGGAUGAGAAGGAGAGCAUCGUUAGCCCCCGAGAUGCGACAUCGACGCCGCCCCGCAAAGUCAGCCCGCCGAUUCAAAAGAACAAGGCUCUACCCAGUCCGCCAAUGAGCGCAGAAGAGGAGAUGCGCACGCGAGAGAAGGUCAAAGGAAACAGCCCACGGCAAGACUGGAGCAAGUACGCCAUCGACGGCACUGAGUCACCUCAGCGAAGGCCGAGCGACUCAGACAACAGAGCGGGUCAAGGCUGGGGCACCCAAGACAACAUCUCCCACCCAGGUAUUGCAGAACUCCACGCCUUUUCCACACCCACACAGUCUGCGCCCACAUCAGCAACCUUACCAUACCCUCAUUCAGGCCCCGAUCUCCACACCCUAAUCUCCUCAACAUCCGCUGCAGGACCAAGUUCCCAAGCCUUUCCCACCAGUCGCCCGUCCACCAGCAGUCGCAACAAAGACAGCAGCACACACAAACCCUCCAAGUCCAACUCUUCAAAGGCCAGGCCGGAUAAAGGCAAACAACCACAGUCGGAAACGAAUGGUAAGGCUGCAGCUACUGCGCCUCAACAGGCGAAUGAAGGAUGGCCCGUACCCAUGAGUCGUACGCAGAGGGAUAAAGAUAAGAAAAAGCGGAGUAAGGCGACGGUGCUGAUGGAGCACGUGGAUAUCAUCAAGGAUGACUUUUGGGAGAAGAGGCCCUGGAUUCUGAGUGGGAAGACGGGCUGA